AUGACCGACCCCUUCUCGGACACUCUCAAAAGGCUGCGAUCGAAAGCAGCAGCGUUUGGCAGCGAGCCACUGCUCACCCGACCGGAUGGCACUGUUGUGGACCUGGCCAACGGCUACAUACCACUCCUUGCGAACUUCACCUUUGAAGACAAAGCUGCCAAGGGCUUACGGAAACGCAGAGUCGGCGACGAUCGCGAGGUCCCGGUCUACUUCUCCGCUGUCGAGCUUGAUCUUGCUCCUGACGGGCCCGAGUGGAAGUGGGAAAACCACAUUCGCGAAAUAUGUUAG